ACGACUCUGGCUAAAACUGUUCAACAUUGUAGAGAUUAAACUUGAGAGCGUAGGUCUCCUGCGCCACAACUGUUAUAAAAGUUCCCUCCUUUCAGGGUUUUCAAAUUCACAUUUUUGUUCAUAUCAACGAACACACACAGUGCAGUCCAUUUUCAAAGAGAUGGAAAUGGUUUCAGGUCCGAUUAGUUUAUGUUCUAAAGAGGAUCAGAAAAUCUAUCAGACCUGGUUCAAUUUCGCCGAUUCAGAUGGAGAUGGCCGUUUGACUGGGAAUGACGCAACAAGGUUUUUUGAGAUGUCCAAUCUAUCGAAACACGAACUCAAGCAGGUUUGGGCUAUUGCUGACUCCAAACGGCAAGGAUUUCUAGGUUUCAAGGAAUUCAUCACUGCAAUGCAGUUGAUCUCUCUUGCACAAGAAGGAAAUGAACUGACCUCAGAUCUUCUUAAGAGCACAGGCAAGUAG